UAUUUGAAAUAUUUUCUUGACUACUAAUUUUGGAUUUUUUAGAUUACCCACUUCAGAUUUUUACAUAUUGGUACCAUUCUACAAGAUCGAUUCAGAUAUAUUUCGAUUGGAUAACAUAUCAGAUUUUUUGGUCCGGGUUCGAGUUGAGAUCGGAUUCUGGAUUUUAUGUCCAGGCCCAGUCCUCCUCGCUAAUCUGAGCAAACGAUUAAAGAAAAACGCAUGUUUCGUUUACCUUUUUACAAGUAAAGUAUUAAGAUUGGCUCUCAGAGAUGACCUGAUGAAUAUAGAUAGAAAAGUUAGCACUAUAUUUUAAAGAUACUAGUAUUGGCUUUCUCCCACUAUUUGCAUAGGAUCCGGCGAUUUAGGGGACAAAACAUUAAUGUCAUGCAGAGGAACAGUUAUUUAAAUGUCAGGGUAUUAGGAUAUUGAUCUUAUCAAUAAUAAUUUAUUCGCUUGGCCAAAAAAAUAACAAUUUAUUCGCAUUAUUACAUGAUUACAAAUUACAUUAAAUAUAGUGUGCCAAAAUUCUGUCAAUUAUUUUCCAAUUUAUAUGAGUCCAAAGUCCACAUUCACAUUUUGGGAUCUGUUUCCGAGUUUUAGUAACACCAUAUUCUAGAUCAAAGGCCUUACUUAGUCAAUGAAUAAAAACUUCUGUAGCUAACAUUAUUACUUUUUCGUUAAAAAUACCUUUACCUACUCAACUAGUAAAAAACCUUAAUUCUAUUCAAAUCAUCAGGUAAUCUCUUCUCUAUUUACAAAAUUUUUACAAUAUUUCAGUUUUAUAUCGCACUUCUGCAUCUAAUUAUUUUUUCACAACUUUCACAUUUUACCAAAAUCCCUAGUCAAAGACUCGUGGAGUCAAAAGUCGUCGAUCAUUGACUUGGGACAAAUGGGCGAGUAAGUGUUAGGUGUCCAACCAAAAAUUUGAUUUUUCUUUAAGCGUGUUUGUCAUAGUUGCUUAAGAGAAACUAAUAUUGAAUUUGUAGUGUUUAUCAAACAACUUUGGAGUAUUUGUACGCCGUGUAUAAAAUACGAACAAUCACAUCGUUUGUAAUAUAAGACAACGAUCUACUGUUAUAAAAUAUUUGUGAAUAGUACCGGAAAUGAUCCACCAACUGACUCAUAAGAAAAGUGAUUAGUUAAAAUAUCCAUCGAUGUUUUGAUUUUGUGUAUAUCCAUAAACUCGAUACUUGCAUUAUUACUAUGAGUGGAAUACAAGCAAGCGAUUUCAUUAUCUAACACAUUUGUCUCAAGUUAAAAAUGAAUCAAACUUAGGUAGACGUACGUGCCAUGUGACUAUCUCUACAUUCAAGUUAUUGAUUAUGUAUAAGUACAUAUUAAUCAUACAAAAAGUAGAAAAUGGAACACUGAAGGAGUCUAUAUAGUUUACAAACUAACAAUUAGUCAGUCAAUUAUUAUUAUGAAUAUGCAAUUUGCAAGUUAUCAAUAAAGUUAUGCAUCAUGAUGAACUACAAUUAUUAACAUUUGCACCCAAAAAAACUACAAUUAUUUGAUUUUAAUUUGCUAAGCACAUGAGCAAAAACCAAAUGGAAGCGCGUUAAGAAUGAAAAAGAGAUAAAAAGUGUAGGUUUUGGUCCUCCAUACCAUGUGAUCGAUCUCAACUUUCUCACUUUGGCAUUAAAUUCUUAUCCUUUUCUUUAUUUCCUUUACAUGUCUGCAUUGAUGAGUAGCUCACAUACAUUUUUUUUUUUAAUUUGUAGUAAGUAGUGUGUGUAUUUUAUGAAACUAUACAUUUGUUGAAGUGGUGAAAAACAAGGCAAAUUUAAAGCUAUAACCAAAUAAACCAAACCAGUUUUGUUUUGUUAGUUUUGUAAUUAUCAUUAUUUUUAACCAGGUGUAUACAUGUCAUAUAGAAACCAAACUAAAAUAUAAGUUAAUUUGGAAAGAUAGAGAAUGGGAUCAAAUUAACAGAGUUGUCCAAAAAAGAGAGAAUGGGAUCAACUUGUGUUAAAAAAAAAUUGUGUUAAAAAAAAGAGAAUGGGAUCAACGUUACAUUGAAUCACAAAUCAAGUAGGAGUUGUGGGAAUAGUUACGAUUAAAUUCCUUUUGUUUUUUAUAUAAAAGUGUAUGAAUAUUUUGAUUAUAUGUACAGUACCAAAGCUUCUUCAAUUAUGCGAAAGCGACUGCUGUAAUUGUUAGAUCUCCCAGACGAUGGCAAUUGUUUUCACUCUCCCACGUACAAUUAAAUUAUCAAAUUUGUUUUAGGUUCUUACUUAUUUCAGAACAAGAAUCACAUACAUAUACAUACCAAAAAUGAAUUAACUAAAUAAGAAUGACAGAGAAUCUGUGCAACAUGACCAGUCGGUGAGGUUAAACAAGUAAUGUACAUUGAUAUUAUCAAAACCACUGAACUAGCAAAUUCUUCGGUCUCCUCCAUCUUCUCCACUCGUUCACACACAAACCCUCGUAUAUAUAUAAUAUAUACACACAUACGCAUACUGUCACUAAUGCUUUUCUCUCCUCUUUUUAUAUAUACUGACAACCUUGCGAUCUUUCUUUUGCAAGAUCUGUCUGAAUAGUGAGGGGGUUCCUAGGUUUCAGAGAAAAAUAAUGGCACCACUCAAAUACUUGUGUUUUAGAAAGUUACUGUUGUUGCUUUAUUUCAUUAUUUUCCUUUUCUCUUGUUCUUCUUUCUUUGCUACUUUUGCCUCAUCAGAAACUUCUGUUCAUGAUGAGCUACAACAAACAAAAUCCUUAGAUCCACACUUUAGAGUGAGAAGAUUGUUAGUGAAAGAUCUGGAAACUGAUGAUGAAGAAACCAAUCCUCCUCCUCCUAAGAAGAAGAAGCUUACUGGUUCUGUUCCAUCAACACCUAGUAUUAAGAAGAAUCAAACCAAGCUCAUCAAACCGAUCUCUUCUUCUUCUUCCACCAAGAACCAAACUAAACUCGCCAAGACUACGUCUUCCAAACUUAACUCCACCAAAUCUUCUUCUAACACAACCAAGAACGGAUCAGACAUCAAGAAGUCCUCAAACUCUACAAAACCCACUACUUCUUCAAUCAAGAAGUCAUCAGAUCUGUCCAAAUCAACCUCAUCCAAGAACAAAACCACCACAAAACCCCCAAGCUCCAAACUAUCUCCUCCUCCUCAAGACAAGAAGAAACCACCUUCCUCCUCAAAACCCACAACCAAACCAAAACCAGCAGAGAAAGAAAUAAAACCAAUCUGGCUAGACAACGAUGAAGACGACUUCGUCAACGAGUUCAGAGACCUCCCCACGAGAUUCCAAAGAACCCUAAUCCCAGACCUAGAAAAAAUCUCAACCACAUCCAAAAGCUACAUCAACAAAGCCAACAAAGAGAUCACCAAGAAGUACUUCAAACCCUACUUCGGCAACAAGUACGCACCAAUCAUCACCUCCGUAGUCUCCUUCGUCUUCAUCCUCGUCCCUCUUCUCCUAGUCUCCCUCGUCUUCAACCGCUUUAAAGCCUACUUCUCCCUCCAAAAACUCCUCAUCUUCAUCCAAAUCUACCUCUCCAUCUACUUCUCAAUCCUAUGCAUCUCUUCCCUCGUCACUGGCAUCGAACCUCUCAAGUUCCUCUACGCCACGUCAGGCUCGACCUACGUGUGCUUGCAGAUCAUGCAAACCCUUGGCUACGUGUUCUACCUCUUGGUUCUUCUCAUGUACCUUGUUCUCGUCUUCUCCACGGACUGUGGCCUUGCCCUCAAGGUACUAGGUUUGGCGCAGACGUUCGUGGGGUUUGCAGUGGGGUUGCAUUAUUACGUGACGGUGUUUCAUAGGGUGGUGCUUCGUCAGCCUCCGAAGACUAACUGGAAAGUGCAUGGCGUUUACGCCACGUGUUUUCUUCUCAUUUGUGUGUUGUCUAGUGCGGAGAGGAGGAAGAAAGAGUACUUGGAAGAAGGCGGUGACGAAGGAAAGAAAAAUUAAAAUUUUUGCAUUUUGUAAUAUUUUGUUGCUUCAUUAUAUUUUUAUAAUUUCGGCAAAAAAUGUAGCUGAAAAUGCAAUAGAAGAACAAUUACUAGUGGACGUUGGAGAAAUUUACUUCAUUAGGCAAAUCGAUAAAUGUGGAAUUAAAUUUCAUACUUUUUUUUUAACACCUAAAUUUCGUACUUUCA